UUUGAGCAGCAGCCGCGCACUCCGCUUUCCCUGCCGGAGAAAGUGGCGGUUUGUCUGUGUUUGGUGCUCAGCGGCGCUUUGAGCCUUUGAGCUUUCAGUUCUCUAUUAUCGGCCGAGCGAAGAGCCCUCACCGUUUUCAGCACCGCGCCAGGACCUGAGCAGCACAUCGAGGGUGGAAGAUGUUUGGAAAGGCCACACACACGCUGCUUCGCCAGACUGAUGAAGGUAAAGGUCUGAUCGCUGUUUCCCGAGUGAACGAUUCUGAAAAGCUGAAGCCACUGGCUGUUGUUAUAAAGCGACCGGCAGUGUGGUUCUGGCAGAGAACCAAAUACAGACCCACAGCCUUCACCCUUAACGACCUGCUACAAGGGGAACGUAUUGAACCAGAGCUGGAGGGAGCAGAGUUCCUAAAGUACACAGCGAAGCAUGGAAGUGUUGUGGGUGGAUCGAUGGACACUGGGGUAGCGGCAUUUAAUGUAAAAGCACAGGGGCACUGUGCAUCCAAGCUUGCGUUAUCUCUUGGGACGCUUCACAAAGAAAAAGUGAACAUGCAAAGGCUCCUACAGGACUCCAGAAGCAGGAAGGUGGACCUUGAGCACAAACUCAUUGAGCAGACAUGGGACAAAACUCAGCAGGCCUUCACAGUAGUGAUUGAACGGAUCUUCACCACCUGUGAUUGCACCAUUGAGUACAGUGGUGUGGAAGAGGGCAGCUGCAGCACCAUACUAAAUGCCUUAGGCUUUUAUCCAGCAGAGGUGUGUCUGAAAGAGAGCAGCAAUCUGCAGUAUGAUACAAAUGUUGCCAUUGAGAUACCUCCACAGACUGUCUUGGCUUACAAUGUCAUAAGUCUGGACAUUAAAAGUGAUGGCCACUAUGAACUCUCUGCAUACCCUGAUGGAUUUGAAUCGGAUGAUGACUUUACUAAGCCUUCAUUACACAGUGAGGAUCAAGUGGAUGGCUUACCGGCAUUACCAAAAAUACCAGAGGGGUCUUCCCUGAGUGUCCUGAGGGAAGUGCUGUCAGGUGUAAAGGCUAGUAUGCUUGACUUGGCUCAUUUGCCAGCUCAGUCUCGCUUGUCCCUCCUGUUCAUUUUCCGAAAGAUUCUACUGAAGCGAGUACUUCUGUUAACUUUGGAGUACAAGCUGGACGACUUACUCUUCAAGUUACGAGCUGGCGAGGCUUCUUGCCUUGCUCAGGAUGACGACUCAAAUGAGCUUAUUGACACUUUUUUGGACCAGCUACAGCCUCUGAGAAACAGUACAGAUGGUCUGUCCACCACACCCAUCAGCCAAAUUGGAUCUUCGUCUGCACUGUCACAUCCUAAUGGAGCUCAAACAUCAGCCAAGAAGAACGAAACUAAUUACAAUGGAAUGUCAUCAGUGGCAUCUUAUUUGAAUGGCUCAUCCUCUGAAAGGACAGAUCCAAAUGGUCCUCACUUGGCUCAGUCCAGUCAAAAUGGACCUUCGAUAAAGCCAGCCAAGCACAGCCGGUCAGUCUUGACUGCAGUGCAUAUGCUCGUCACUGCUGCUGAGGGACUGACCAACGAUGGACUCAUCUUGCUAGAAAGCCUCUGCUCUUCAGAAGUUCUCAAUGGGUUAAAUGAUUUAGUGAAUCUUUUGGCUCAUGAUUCACAGCCUCUCCCCGUUGACAGCCUGCCAUCUCCCCUGCAGAAUGAAGAUGUGUUCCUGAAGGUGAAAACUCUGUUUAGCUUAUCCAAAGUCACGCUGAAGAGAGAGAAAAAGCUCUGGGCAGAGACAGAAAGCUGCUGUGAACACUUCCCUCUAAUGCUAUGCAUAGCCAUCCAUGGCCUUAUGUACCUGAGUGAAACAUAGAUGCGUUAUGAAUGAACUUUAUAAAGGUAUUAAAGCACAUUGCUUUUAUUUUACACACAUUUUAGGCUACUAUCCUAUACUUUUCUGUAUGAGAUAUUAGCUUAAAUUUGGUAAUGAUUUAUACGCUUAUGAAAACCAAAUCUGUUUCCUACCUAGCAAUGCUUUAUAUAAUAAGAUACUUAUUAACUUUAUAUUUUCUUGCCUUUAUAUAUUUUAUGUGUAUUUGUUUAGCUUUUUGUGAGUUUAAGGCUACACUUAUUUGAGUCAUUUAGUCACACUUUAUAGUUAAGCUGCUGCUAUAUAAAAGCUUUUGACGAAACAGAUAUGCAUGUAGAAGUCUACCUAAACUUUACCUGAUGAAUGUGUAGACAGACAGAGAGAGAGAGAGAGAGAGAGAGAACACUUGACCUAGAGAAGUGCGAUUAGUGAUUGACACUGUUUCUCUCUUCAGUAAGGAUUCUGUCUCUGAGCAUGAUUUAGAAUUUGUGCAGUCUUAUCUUGACCAGACAUGUUGACCACCAUAGUAUUGCUUGAAUAACAGAAGCAGCAAGUAAUGCAAGCACUGUAGACAGCACUGUCGCGAGAACUCAUGUCUGAUAGAAUUGGUCUUGAUAACGGCCAGAACAGACACUGAUAUGGUGGAGGUAGGACAUGUUCUCCCAGAUGGUGAGGAUGAAAAUAUUAGAGAGCAUGAAGAGACAGAUCACAUUUUGGCCUAUAUUUAUAAUCAUACAGCUGCUCUGGCUACUAAUAAUGUUACAUUAUUAAUACAGACUUAGAGAUGUUUUGUCUCUCAAUAGGAAAUCUGCCACAUGACAUUUCAGUGUCUUUUUCAAUAUAUUUAUUAAUCCUUUACUAAAAGCUGAAACAAUAAUUUUUAAAAAUAUAUCUUGUGUCAGAUGUUAUAAUGUAAUACAGUUAGUUAUCAAACCAAACAGUUCUCAAAAUACAAAGACUAAUAACAGUGCGGUCAAUUCAUUCCUAAUUUCUAAUUUCUGUUGUCUGAGUUUUAAAUGAUAUGAAUAAGUUCAAAUGAUUUGUCACUGAUUUCUUAAGUGUAAACCUUAAUAUAUUUAAGUUAAAAUGUUUUAUGCCAGAUUUCUUUUUUUUUUUUUUUUUUUACUGAAUGAAGUACAAUGAAGCUUGACUGAGAUAUUUGAAAUAAGGUGCCUUUGUACUGGGUGCUUCUGUAGUAAUGUAUUUAUUGAUAUGUUAUUGUAGAUGCAGCCUAAUAAAAUUGACUUUGCCCAUCUUUGCUUACUUGUGUCAAAUAUCAUAUUGUAUCAAUGUAUUUUCUAUCCUUUAGUGUUUAUGUAAUACUUAUAUUGUUUAAAAUCUACAGUCAGGAAUCAGUGUAGUGCAACAAGCAAACCUCUGCUAAAACAUAUAGAGUCAUAUGCAAAACUAUAGCACCCCCUGUCAAAUUAGGUUUUGGGUAGAUUUUGAAUUUUUUAAGUGAAAAUUUGCUCAUAAGGAACAAACAUAAAUGUGACAUUUUUCUAACAGAUUUUAGAGCACAAUUUCUAUUUGUUAAUUGGACAUGAGCCGUAACUUUUGCCCACAUUUUACAGAGGCAGCCAAGCAACUUUUUGCAUAUGACUGUAUGUAAGUGUUCCUUAUUGUAGCUAUAAACUAACCACUGCUUUUGUAUCUCCUGAGACUGUAACUCAAAUUUAUUUCCCUUCACAGUUACAUAGUAUGACAUUGAAAUUCAUUCGUGUGAUUCAUUUGUUUUUAUUAAUAGACCAAGAAUAUUAUGCAUGUAGCUUUUGUUAUAGUGUACUAAGUGUCAGUGGUUACAUGUUUAUAUAUGGCCUAUUUGAACUGUAUUGAUAUUCAUGUUCAUUUAUUCCUGUUAAUUUUUGUGUUCACUCUUUGUUAGUUCAUAUCUUCAUGCAUGUGCAGCUUUUACAGCGAAAAAAUUAAAAUCAAUUUACUGCCA